AUACCAUAAAACAGGCACAUUAAAAUGAUAACGAGUUUGAAGAAAGAGGUGCAGGAGAGGUUGUCUUCCUUAAAAUACAAAGUACACAAGAGAAAGAGAAAGAGAGAGAAAGAAUUUAAGGCAAUAAAAUCUCAAAAUUAAUUGCAGCAACUUUGAGUGUUGUUGUGUUUGAUCAGAAUAAAGAAAUUGAAGAUGUCAGAUAACGAAGAGUAUUACAUACAGUACGGCGAUGGCCAACCUGAGAAGGUGAGGCGCAGGUUCAGAGACAGGUCCAAGGAGGUUCUGUCCAAACAAGCCGUUAUGAUCGCCAAACGGGCCGAAGAACACGAAAGCUUCCUCAGCAAGGUGACGCAUCUUUUGGGGGUUCUUUCUUUUGGUGGGUUUUGCUUCCUCCUUGGGGCAAGACCACAGGACGUUCCCUUAGUGUAUUGUUUAUUCUAUGUCAUAUUUGUUCCUCUUCGCUGGAUAUACUAUAAGUUCAAGAAAUGGCAUUACUAUCUUCUGGAUUUUUGUUAUUAUGCCAAUACAAUCUUCUUGGUUUUCCUUCUUUUUUAUCCAAGAAAUGAAAAGCUUUUUCUGGUUUGCUUUUCGUUUGCCGAGGGGCCGCUGGCGUGGGCUUUGAUUGUUUGGCGCUGCAGCUUGGUCUUCAGUUCCGUAGACAAAAUUGUCAGUGUUCUUAUCCAUCUUUUACCUGGGUUGGUUUUCUUUACCAUCCGAUGGUGGAACCCAACGGCCUUGGAGGCCUUGAAGACAGAGAGAAAUACAUGGUCUUAUGCCGAAGAUAAAUCCUAUCUCUGGACGUGGUUGGUUCUGGUUCCCUUAGUGGUUUAUUCUCUGUGGCAAAUUCUAUACUAUCUUAUUGUCAAUGUCUUACGCCGGCAAAGGUUUUCAAGAGAUCCUGAAGUUAUGACUUCAUACAGGGAACUCUCGAAAAAGGCUAAGAAAGCAAACAAUUUGUGGUGGCGCUUAAGCGGCUUGCUUGGCGACCAGAAUCGCUUGUUAAUGUUCAUUUUUCUUCAAGCCGUGUUUACUGUGGCAACCACGGCACUGACUGUUCCGAUUUUCCUGUCGUAUGAAAUAUCGGUAGUGUUCCAAAUACUCAAGGUCUCCGCUUCUGCGUGGAAUGGGGCAAGCUUUCUGUUAGAUGUGAUGCCUAGGCAGGUAAUUCUCAAGGAGAAAAAGAAAUCAGAAAUGCAACCUGCUGUUCAGAAUGAAAAUGAGAACUCAUCAUAGAUCGUGAUGGAAAAUGGUAGCAAGUUUUGCAUGUUGAGAUAGUUGUGAAUCAUGAGGAGCUCAUGUAUACGUAGUUUGAACUAUAUAACACUACUGUUAAUCAGGUAUUAAAGUUGAGGUUGAAAUGUUGGAUAUGCGUAUAUAGUUUCUCUCUUUUUUCUCAUGCCAUAUUUGUUUAUUCAAGUGGAUAUUCAGCAAAAACACAAAAGGUAUAUAUCUGUUUAGGUGCUUUCUUGUU